UCAACCCCCCUUUUACUAUAGGAUGUAUUCUUUAAAUUCUUUGUUUGACUUCACGCAUUCGGCGCACGGCAAUAUUUAGGCCUCACAGCAAGUAUAAUUUCUGCAACGAUGGCAAGUCCAGACAAAGCUAUCCCUUUGAAUCCGUUCGAUCUUCCUACCCAACAGAGACGACUGCGCCAUUUCAAGUCUCUGGCCGUGAGGAACCUGGUAUGUAAAGGUUACAUGGGAAGAGAUGUGGUCAAACUACAGACUUACUUCACUCUACACAGAGAUGUUGAAUCAAGAGCAUUCUACACCAGUGAGAAGAUUAUUGGCUCCUUGAACCCCAGCUGGCAAAGCUUUGACCUUUCUAGAUUGGGUGAAGAAGUUGAUAUGGCUGCAAAGUUUGUUGUUGUACGGGUGUGGGGAGGCCAUGACAAGAAGUUUCGUCUGUUGUUAGAGUGGCAGGUACACUUCUCUGGUCUCGUUUUCCUCACAGAAAAGUUGCAGAAGGAUGGAAUGAAGUUUGCUGCCAAUUCACUUGUGUUUGGACUCUUUGAGAAAUACUUCACGAUGCUAUCUGAGUCCAGAAGACUACAACAGCCAUCAUCUGAGGCGAAUAACGAGUCUCGACAACCUUCAAUCAGAGUGGAUCAGAUGACCGUGCACAAUUCCUAUGGAGUUAGCUCCCUUGCCAGGAUCCACACGGUUCUGCGGGCAAUUCGUCAGACUCAGGUCACGGUGAGGAGAGUCCACAGGUCUAUUGAGGACAAGCUUUUGGCCUCUCAGGAAACAUCCUCCAAGCUGUCGGAGAGAGAGGAAUUGUUAUUGAAGGUGAAUCAGUUGAGAGGAGAGCUCCAGUGGCAAACGACACAGCUUCAGUGUGAUAAAGACCGGCAUGAUCGGCAGAGAAACCUUCUCAAACUGAGGGGCUUGGAACUAAAGGAAAACUUUACAGCCAUGUCAAACCAGAGAGAGGAAUUGUUGCAUGGGAAACAGCAACAUAUCGUUACGAGGGAAACGCUUGUGAAGACUAAUGCUCAAUUAAACAUGAGACGGAAGCAACUUAUAGAAGAAUUGGCUACUUACAUCUACCCCAUCAAAGAGAUGCCAGAUAGCCAAGAUCAUACAAUAUGUGGGGUUAAGCUCCCUAAUGCAGAAGAGUUUCAUGGUCAUGAUGAUAGCAGUAUAGCUGUUGCCCUGGGUUACACCUGUCACAUGGUUGUGAUGAUGUCAGAGUUUCUAGACACACCCCUUUGGUACCCGCUAGAACAUCGAGGAUCCAAGUCUGUUAUACGAGAUCACAUUAUAUCCAAACUGGCUGACAAAGACAGAAUGUUUGUUUUGUAUGGCAAAAGCAAGGACAGGAUCCAAUUUCACUAUGGUGUCUACCUCUUGAACAAAAAUAUAAGCCAGCUGAGAUAUCAGUUUGGCCUAGGCACACAAGAUCUUCGUCUGACGCUACACAACCUCAAGUCAUUGCUGGAGCUCCGACUGGGCGUCAAGUAUGACACCGUACAAAAACCUAUCCAUCCCUCUGUGAACAUGGCUGGCCGUCAAGUCAGUGUUGACACCAACAACACUCAUUCCAAGGAUGGCCUGCUUAGUGGUAACCAUGGAAACGACCUCUGUGAAGGCCGUGGAAAUGAUCUUAAUGAUCGCCAUGGACACGAGGAACAGAUGCUGGAGCAGCUGAUGCAAGAGAGUCGUGCGAUGACUGGAAACUCCAGCCAGGCCUGGGUUGAAAAUUUGAAUUCAAAAUCCACAUGGUCGCCAAGCAUGCAGAAAAAGUUUGAAAAUAAUCACAGUGGACAGGGUAGCUGUGAGGUAGAGAAAAAUUAUGAAGACAUUUUCAAGGCGUCCGAUGAUGAAUUUUUCAAAGCUCAAAAUUCUGCGCCUGAGGAAUUAUUGUCUGGAGAAAAAUUGUAUGCCGCAAAUAAUACAGUGGUGGAGAUGUUCGGAACUCAUGAAUCCCGUACAAUAUUAGAAUCUGGUGGAAUGCAUGCCCCGAACCCUAGGUCACCAGAUAAACUGAAAAGACAAAAUGCUCAAGAAUCUUUUGACUCAGAGUUUCGUCAUGUUUUGGGUCAAAAGUGUAGUACACAGACUUCAGAACACACCCACACUCAGACUGAAAGUGAAGCUAAAAGUGCCAAUCAGUGUGGUAAUUCACAGAUCCAGCAAGACUCUUUGUCCAGGGCUGAAAGUGAAAGUGCUGGCCCUAGUGAGGCAAACCUGACACGGGACUCUUCACAGAUAACACAGGGCUCUCUGUACUCGGAUUCCUCAAUUGGCACGUUCAAAACUUCUGCAUUUAGUAAAGUAACUAGUAUUGAUUCCAGCGAAGAAGUGACAGAGCAGACAGAUUUAUCUCCCCUUGAUGCACGAAAUUCGGUGGCAGAUCCGAGCGAUCUGACAAAUCGGACAGAGGUUUUGUGUGAAGGGCCUACGUCCUUUCGGCAGAUUGAUGAUUUAUCAAAAGCAACCAUCAGCAAUUGACCGUCAACGUUAUCUAGUAAUAAUGCAAUAACUACAGUCAGGAUUAGUUGUUCAGAUGAGGAAAGCAAGUGAUUUUAUUAUCAAAAAAUCAAGUACAAAUUUGUAACAGAUGUGACAUCCCCCC